AAUCCUGAUGAGUUGAUCAGUCGAGCAGAGCGCGCAUACCGCGAUGCUUUGCUGUCUCCAGCACAGUGUGAUAUUUAUUCGCCUCGGAUUAUUAUCACUAGCGGUUGCAGUGCUCGUCCAGGAGUUGCUUACGGAGGCAGCCCUGCCACCUGGUGCAGAGGACGAGGUUGUCCUGAUAGAACAUCUACCAGGACGACGGGUCCACCUGCAAGACUUCUUCUGGACGGGUGCAGAAGACGCUCCAUCAUGGCUGGACCCAGAUCAGACCUUGACCCUCUACGAGACCAGGACCAUUCAUCAUACAGCUACUGUUUAUCUUCCUGAUGACGGUAAGGAGGAUCCUGGACACGUUGGUCCACAGGAUCCUGGAUGUGUUUCUUGCAUAGAACCCACGCCAACGUUGCCAGAUGUCGAUCAAGACAUUGGUGUCCUUAUCGGAGAAGAUCCUGGACCCAGGUACUGGCUGCUGACUGUCUUACGUGCUGGAGAAACUGUACCACCUCAGGUAGAGCUAAGGCUGGCACGUUUGUACCGUACCGCAUUUUCUAGACAGCAACAGCGCCAUCUUGGUCUCCUCUCUACGGACGCACGAAUUCGUAGAGCUGCCAGAAAACGAGCUCUUAGGGAUAGAGCAGGUUUAAAGAGAAACGAUAGCAGAAUUGAAAUUGUAGUAACGAACAAUUUCAGUACCACCACCGAAGCAAAUUUUGAAACAACCGUAAAGAUACCAACUAAGGUGAAACAUAUGAGGGCAAUACGAAUACCGAAGAACAGAACGAUAAUAGAGGAUUUUGAAAAUGUGAAUAACAAAAAAGUCUACGCGAAUACUACUGUCAGCAAAGAUGACAGAGAAAACUUUAGAUCUAGAUUAAUGUUUGCAAUGGAGACAAAUAACAACGAAAGUAUUUUGGAUCCUAGUCUCCUCCUCAAGCGACUCAACGAAACUCCAGUGCCUUUUCAUAAUGUGAAUCAGUUCCAAGAGAAGACUUCCGGCUCGCUUCACUCUCUCUUUUCUAUCGCUCAAGAGCACAUAUCCGAUCAGUCAAAUCUUACUGAUAUUAUGAACAUGACCAAAUCCAAGUUGCGUAUCCCAGAUGUAGGUACAGUUCAAGUAAGAAUGACGAAUACAAGCGUAAUCGAAGGUGGCGCCACUAGAUUAAUAUAUUCAGUGCAUCUGGGAGGUAAACCAGUACCAGCUGCAACAGCUGCGAAGGAUAUGGCACUUUUAUCAGAACAAGAAGUAGCAAUUGAACUUGGAGCACCAGUGAUCAUUCAGAGCGAACCUUUCUUAAAGGAGACGCUGCCUUUGGCCUUAUCUAGAAAACGCGACAUCUGGUUACUAGCUGGAGCUGCAGGCGCCGGUAUCAUCCUUCUAGCCUUUAUCUUAACUGGUCUAUUCGUAGCUGCUAAACGGAAACGGGCCCAUAGUGCUGUUUCCGCACCACCCCCACAGAGUAUCCUGAAGAAGGAUCGUGAAUAUACAUCGACUACGCCAGGACUGGAUAACACGGGCUAUACUUCAGAAACUGAAGCCAGGACUGAUGGUACCAGUCGUAGACAAACUCCUGGAGGAAGCUUGUCAAGGAGUCCAGUUACUUCAGGUACUCCAGAGAGCGUCUUGGCAGAGGUACACGACAUCUCGAGUGAUAACGAAGAGGAUAUUCAAAGAAGUAGUCCACCUUGGAGAGAAGAAGAACCUCCUGGAACAAAGAAGCUGAGAACUAGUCGUCGUAGAGUAACCAGGACGAAUGCUAUUGAUCCUCCUAGAACUCCAGACUCUAUGGAUACCGUAGCUGAGAAUUUAGAAGCCCUGGAGUCUCUGGAAAAUGGUUAUGCGCCAAGGGACGAAGUCACUACGUCACCACAUUCGUAUUUAUCCAUGCCAUCGUGUAAGCAGUUUCCCCGAAUGAGGAGUGUGGAGCCAUUAUCCAGAGUCUUGGAGCCAGUUGUGGUAAGGCAUCUUGAUAUGGAAUUUGAUUCUCCGGAGCCAAUAAGGAAAGGGCACCUGAAUUCCAAGAGCAACGAUCAGUUCCUGACAAGAACUCCUAGUGCUGCCAAAGAUCCUGGCGUGGUAGGACCAAUCGUCUGGGAUUUGCGCAGACAGAAAGCCAUAGAAGACACCACGUCGGAAACCGAUCCCGAACCUGCCAUUAUACCGGGUCCUGUGGGACGUGCCAGACGUAGGCUCCAUGAACUCCUGGAGGACUCCUUCAGCCUCUUUGGAAGCAGGGAUGCCAAACCCAAAGAAGAAGACUGCCAACGUGCCUCAGCAGCAGCAACUCGUGCCACGGAUGAUCUCACGGUAUUUUCGGAAAUCAGAGGUCGCUCCGCACACGUCAGCCCAGUUGCCACGCCAACAUCAGAAGUAAGAACAAGACCCAGAACAUCCUUACCGAGAACAUGCUUGGAAGAGACUAUACCAGAAACUGGAAACUCUGGACCCCAUCCCCGUGGCGCCUGGGGUUCCAGGCCUCUGAGUGCUGGGCCCUUUCAUAGACCGAAUCUACCUGAGGUAGAUACUCUUCGCAUUCUGGCGGAUCCUCAACUUCCGCCAGAAGAUCCUGCCGUUCCGCUUAUAGCGGCUAUCAAAAAAGAGCUUGAAAAGUUUUCAACUUAAACAACCGGUCUUUAAUUUGGCAAAGGUUUUUGAGUUUCAUUUAUCUUUUUUUUAUAAUUGGUCUGAAGAAAGAAAAAGGAUCUUAAAUACCUUGCAAUAUACUUUGUGCCACUGUAUUUAAGGUUAAGCAGGGAUCUAAUACUCAAUCAUUAGAAUUUUUAGAAGGAUUCAUACAUCAUUACUGUACAUACAAGCGUUUUGGAAUCAAGCCUUUACUCUUCGUUUUUGUUUUGUUAUUGUAAUAGCGAUUUUUUAUUAUACCUAGAAUCUAGAUAAUAAUUCCGUCCAUCGAUAACCGAUUUUGUAAGAAUCGAUUUGUCGCCUAAUUUAUAUUGAUGUCUGUGUAAUUUUUAAAAAAGCAUAUUCGUUAUUGUUUUGUAUCUCUAAUGACUUUUAUGAUAUUAUAUAAAAAGAGUUUCAUUGAA